UCAGGACGUUUAUCCCAAAUAGAAGGGAAAAGGACUUUGGAACCACUCAGAGCCAUCGCAAAGGGAUAGGCAAAGCAGGCAAUUGCGUGGGACCCUGAGCUGAAAGAGGGGCCCCGAGAAAGCCUGAUUACGUGAACACCCUUUGGCAGGCUGCAAACUCCAGAAAGUAGUAUAAACCGAAGUAGUCCCCAUCUGUGGUGUCCGCAAGGCUAACUCUCGAGACUGGGCUAGAAUGAGCCAGUCAUCGAUGUAGUUCAAUAUGAUGAUGCCCUGGAGCCUCAUUGGGGCCAGAGCUGCAUCCAUACACUUGGUGAAUGUGCAAGGGGAGAGUGCUAGGCCGAACGGAAGAACCCGAUACCGGUACGCCACGCUCCCGAAGGCAAACCUCAGGAACUUCCUGUGAGAGGGACGGAUGGAGAUGUGGAGACAUCGGAUUUGAUGUGACUGACGAUGGCGGGGAUGGUAAGCAUCUUGAACCUGAAUCUCCUCAGAGAUAGGUUCAAGGACCACAGAUCUAAAAUUGGACGCAACCCUCCGUCCUUCUUGAGAACUAUGAAGUACCGGCUGUAGAACCCGGACUCCCUGACUGGUGGGGAAAUAAGUUCUAUGGCCCCUUUCUCCAGCAGAGAGCGAACUUCUUGUCCCAACACCUGGCUCUGCUCUGCGUGCACCGCAGUCCAGACCACCCCGUUGAAUCUGGGGGGCGGACCCGAAACUGCAGCCUGUAGCCAUCCACUACGGUGCGCAGGACCCACGGGGAAAUGUUCGCAAGGCUCCGCCAUGCUUCUGCGAAAUCCGCCAAGGGAACCAGACCCUCGGGGCUGGUGGCCGGUGUUAUGCGUAGGUCCCCGAUGGCAGCCUGAAGUGGAGGACCACCAGGGAAAACUCGCCAGCGACCCACGGUGUGUGAGACCGAUCGUCUUUCGGCUGCAACCCCUCGAGACGGGCAGAUGUGGGAAGUUGUUAUCAGCUGGAACAGAGGUUUGCAGGGUGAUUAAUGCUGGUAAAAGUGCACUGAAUGAGGACCAGGCCUGCUGCGAGGUGGUAGUAGCGAGAAGGAGGCCAAUGAGCUACUGCCCUGCCUCCACGCCAAGCAAGACCCCCACGGCCAAGAGACGGAACUCCCUGCCCAACGGAGAGGGCCUGGGCCUCCGUAUGGACCACGGCAAGCUGGGAGAGGACAGUGAAGGACUUGUGUUCCACUACUGGGCCUUGUUCGACGGCCACGCUGGUUCCGGUGCUGCAGUUGUCGCCUCUCGCCUACUACAGCACCACAUCGCCUGCCAGCUCCAGGCCGUCAUCGAGAUCCUACGCAACCCAGCCUCCCUGCCUCCAACCGUCCUGGGCGAGGAGCCCGACAACAACCCCUACCUCCAGGGAAACACCCCAGGCCCUCACCGAGCCCUGAACCGGGCCGCUUCGCUGCGUGGGGCAGCCGGUGCGCCAGGUUCCCCGUGCAGCACCCCGCCUCCACCGCGCUUCUUUACUGAGAAGAAGGUCCAGCAUGAGAGCUUGGUGAUAGGAGCCAUAGAGAACGCCUUCAAAGAGAUGGAUGCCCAAAUUGAGAAGGAGAAGCAAGUCUGUAACAUCACAGGAGGAUGUACAGCUCUCACUGUGGUUUACCUGCUAGGGAAACUGUACGUUGGGAAUGCAGGUGACAGCAGGGCUAUCAUCAUUAGAAACAAUGAGAUCAUUCCCAUGUCGACGGAGUUCACGCCAGAGUCCGAACGACAGCGACUCCAGUUCCUGGGUUUUAUGCAGCCUCACCUGUUAGGAAAUGAGUUCACACACCUUGAAUUUCCCCGGAGAGUUCAGAGGAAGGAGGUGGGCAAGAGGAUGCUCUACAGAGAUUUCACCAUGAAUGGAUGGGCAUACAAGACCAUUGAGGAUGAAGAUCUCAAAUUUCCACUUAUAUAUGGGGAAGGGAAAAAGGCACGGGUGUUGGCCACCAUUGGUGUGACCCGCGGGCUCGGUGACCAUGACCUCAAAGUUCAUGACUCCAACAUCUACAUCAAACCGUUCCUUUCCUGUUGCCCUGAGGUUAAGGUAUAUAACCUGACGCAGUACGAGCAUGGGGCUGAUGAUGUCCUGGUAAUGGGAACCGACGGCCUCUGGGACGUCCUCUCCAACCAGGAAGUAGCCGAAGCCGUCACCACAUUCCUAGCCAACUGUGACCCUGAUGACUUGCACAGGUAUACAAUGGCAGCCCAAGACCUGGUGAUGCGAGCACGUGGCGUGCUGAGGGACCGAGGAUGGAGGAUCACCAAUGAGCGUCUGGGCUCCGGAGAUGACAUCUCAGCCUUCAUCAUACCUCUGAUGUAUGGCAACCGUCAGCCCUGAGGAGCCCGACAGAGAUGCUGCAGUUCAAGGACCUGUUGGAUCUUAAACCAACAGGAUUGAUUCAUCAUGAACUGAGAAUCCCCUUCCAGUUUCCUCAGUGCCGUUUGCACAUUUCUUUUCUUCUACAGAUAUACAAAUAUUUGGAUAUUUAGAUUUCUUGGUGUUUCAUAUCUCUAUAGGAGUUCAGACAUGGUCAGUCACCAGAUUUGGCUGCUCAGGGAAACUAAUUUAUUUAUUAUAUCUCAAAAGUCAGAAAAAAACAUGAUCAGUUUUGUGUCAUGAAUCAAGCAUGUCAACAAGGUAUUUGGCUUGUUUAAAGUUGAUAAAAAUUAUGGAGGUAAAAUCUUGAAGGUUAGUGAGGGCAGCUCCAUAGGAUGAUGGAGGUUGACUUCCCCUGAACUUCUGCAGAGAUGUGAAAGCUGAACUAGGCGAAUGCUCUUCCAAAGUGAAGAAAAGCGCUCUUUGUGUCCUUCUUACCUCUCUUGCAGUGCUCUACAUGCUCCUCUUCCUUCUAUUUUACUCCCCCUCUCUUCUCCUAUACUGUACAGUCAACUUGUUUAUAAAAAAAAACCUCCUUUGUCUUGUGACCAUGGACCGAGCUGACAGGUCAGCUGCGUUUUCUGUUUGGCCACAGUGUGGCCUUGAAGGAUUCACUUGCUGAUGAACUGCUUCUAGAUUGCUUUUUUUGGGGUUGGUGGUGGGGCAAGGAGAUGAAGUUAACCAAGGCGGAUCAAGAAUUAGUUUGACUGUGGAGUGAGAACAUUUGAGCCUGUAUCAACAGUGGGGACAUAGCUUGAUUUGGUUUAAACUAACGCAUUAUAUCUCAUUUGUUUAAUCUGUACGAAAAAACAUCGGCAAGUGGUGUUUUACGGGGUCGUUACAUACACUGUAAAACCACAAAAAGAACCACUCCCAUGUCUGUACGAGUAAAAAUGAAGCUACAGACAGCAGCCGGUUAGUUUAGCUUAUCAUAAAGACUAGAAAAGGGUGAAACUCUGUCCAAAGGUAACAAAAUCUGCCUACCAGCACCUAAAGCUCACUAAUUAACAUGUAAUAUGUCUGUUUAAUAUGUACAAAAACCAAAGUGUAGUACAACAUGUUGGUUACAGCAACUUCUAAACUAACCUACUGUAAAUUAACCUACUGUAAGCUAACCUACAGUAAGAUAAUCCUGGCAGUAAAGAUCCUGGCUGUUGCUACCUAUUUAAUGUACAGAGAGUGGCAUCAAUCGUCUUAUCUAACUCUCGCCAAGAAAGUGAUUAACCUUGUUUUCCAAAAAGUCAACCAAUUCCUUUAAGGAAAUUUUUUACACAGGCUAAACUGUACACUGGGGGACUUGGCAUUUGUGGAAAUCGAAGUUUUUCAAGAAAUCCCUGACACGCUUAGCUAAAUGCCUGUUGUGAAAAAUAACCCCAUAAGACUAAACAUUAAAUUAGAUGACUUGUGUACAUCAGUUCUCGCACUUUAGGCUGACCCACAUCAUUAACCAAGGAGCUAUAUGAUAUAUGAAAUGAUGAUGAUAAUAUUCCCUGCAACAGGGAGGAUUCGACUGAAUUCAUAAUUGUAUUUUUUUAAAUCAUGAAAUACAAUCAAAGACAAGGUGAACAAAACGUUUCACAGUGGGAAAAAACUGAAGGCUUUCUUUUGCGUUAACAUGUUUAGCAUGUUUUCAUAAGCUUUAGAUGCUUGAAAGGGGUCACAUUUGUCUUCAGAGGGACAGGUUUAGGAGUAACAAUGUUAGUAAUUUACUGUGUGUCAAUGCAUGCAGUGACAAAUUGUAGGCCUGGGAAUAUGAGCGAUGGUGCAAUGGUUACACUGCUGUUUGUUUUUAUAUUGACUGAAUUUGUGUUUCUGUAAUUGAUUCCAAGAGUUAGUGAUAAUGUUAUUUGUUUGUGGUGCAUAGAUCAUGCAGAUAUUUAGAAGCUUGUUUUUCCUUAAGAGUUAUUAGCCUUCCAGACAUUUAGCGUAAGAGCUAAAGGUAUGAUUCAUUGUGAAGGUAGGGAAUGAAAUUAAACAAAAAUGUUAAUAGCCAGACACAAAACCAAAUCAUGUGUUUUUUGCACUUUGUUCAUCUAGGUGACUGGAUUUCAGAAAGAAAAGUGACUAUUUGCAUCAAAGACAGCAAACUGAUGCGCAUGUGUAUUUUUUCACCCCUUCCCAACAUUAUUAUCAGGGUACGCUACUUGGUCAGGUUAAGAUGCAGGAGAUGAGAAGUAGAUUGGAAGAAGGAGAAACUUAGACUUCAAAGGAUCAAUGAAAAACGUCCUUUUUUGAAAAGUUUGAUUUCAAGCUGAGAAAAAAAACAGUUGGUCGCAUAAAAUUAAAAUAAACUGCAUGUUGUUGACUGACAAAAUAAGUAGUGAUAGAUAGCUUAGAUUUCAUGUUUUGUUUCUCUUAUGGUUGGUAUGUAGAGUUUGGAGUAGCACUGGUUUCCUUUAGGCUUGUCUGUAAAGUGAAAAGGUGUCUCCUUAUUUUAUAAAGCAGGGUGUCCAGGCGAAUGACUGAAUCCAAAAAAGUUCAUUUGGAAAUGGUGCCAGAAUGGGGAAGCCAUUGGUUUUGGGGAAAUACCUUUUUAUAUACAGUCUAUGGGAAAUACACUCACUUGCGUUUUGGUGGAGACUAACAUGAGAAGAGUGAUACCACUUUCAUUUCAGUACAGUAAAUGUGAAGCUUCAGCUAGCAGGUAGCUUAGUUAAGCUAAGCUUUUGUUUGUUUGAUAUGUACAAAAACUGAAGUGUAAAAACGACAACGACUGUUUAAUAGGAGCUGGAACUGGCACAUAACACAUCCCAACCCAUCCCCUAGCUAGCUGUUUCCCUGUUUCAGGUCUAUUCUAAGCUAAGCUUCUGGCAUUAGCUUCAUAUUGAACAUACAGACAUGAAAAUGGGAUGAAUCUCACUCACUGCCAGAAAACGGAAAAGUGUAUUUCCCAAAAUGUCGAUCUGACUUUAGAUCACAUGAUAUGUGCCAUUGUGUUGCAUGGGCUAUUUAUCAUCUUAGCUUGGACUUUUUUGCAGUUGACAAUUAUGUACGUUCCUCCAAGCAGCAGUCAUUUACAUUUGCCUGAAGUUCAUACGGUGCGUUUUUCCUCCUGUACAUUCCAUGAAAGAAAAAUUUUCUUUAAAAUUUUUUAGUACGUCAUUAUUAUUUGCUGUUGCACCUCUUGAGUUGCAUCUUGUUUUCCAUCAAAUGAACUAUUUGACAGUUACCAAGUUUUUUUUUAAACUUCUCUAUUUAAUGUAUUGAAUGUCUGAAUGUUCUUAAUUAUUAUUUUACUUUGUUGAGUCAGAACUGUCCUGGCCCCACCUAAGCAUUGUCUUAACAUUUAUCCAAGUUCAGCAGAGUGGUUUCAAACAACCUGACAUCCAGCUCAGAGAGGUGAAUGUUUUGAGCUGUAGACAUGUUAUGACAACGUCGGGGAAUCAGACUAAAGUGUUGAAUGUUCAUCCUUAUACCUGUCAUCAAGCCUUUUUCUCUUAGAUGAAUGUCAAAGAAUGAAAAUAUGAUUUAUUUUUUAUCAUCAUACUGUGCCACCCAACUGCUGCACAUCAACUCAGGUUCAAUUAUCAUGUGUAGUUAAAGUGGACGAGCUGUUAAGAGUGAUUUUCUAAAGGCAGGGAGUCCUCCAAAGGGGUUUAUUAGUUCCACUGCAGUUGUAAAUGCAUGGGAGGGGAUUUGUGUUGGGGAAGCUCUUAGACAUGAAGGUUUACUUUGCCCAUUCAGCCAAUCUGUAGGUUUCCCUUUUUGAAGUUGCUAUAUUGUAAAAGUAGCCUCUGCUGUUGUUUUUUUGUACCUUACACUAUAAGGUUAAUUAUGGGAACAUAAGAAAAGCUAGCAGGUUUCUUCUGUAGCAAAGAGGUAGUUUGAAGCCCAGUGGGGAACCAUUUUUAAGUGACCAUUGUGGUACCCUCAACCUCUCCUUUUGUGAAUGUGAAAUGUACAUUUUGUAUUUUUAAAAAACUGAUGAAGUCAAAAAGAAAUAUUUUUAAUGUUUGUCCUUGUGCAACUCUGACUUUAGGGGGGAACGGGAGGAAAUGUUUACCUUCAGUGUUUCUUUUCCAGAAAUGAAAAAAAAAAAGAAAUAAAUGUUAAAGAUCAAUGUAAA